AUGAACGUGGAACUGCGCGUCGGCAACCGCUACCGGAUCGGUCAGAAGAUCGGCUCCGGCUCCUUUGGUGAGAUCUUCCGCGGCACGAACAUUCAGACGGGAGACCCAGUUGCCAUCAAGCUCGAGCAGGUGAAGACGCGCCACCCGCAGCUCACGUAUGAGUCGCGCUUCUAUCGCAUCCUCGGCAGCGGCGGCGGCGCCGUCGGCAUCCCCAUGAUGUUCUACCACGGCGUCGAGGGUGAGUUCAACGUGAUGGUGAUUGAACUGCUCGGUCCCUCCCUGGAAGACCUCUUUUCCUUUUGCGGUCGCCGCCUCUCGCUGAAGACGACGCUGAUGCUGGCAGACCAGAUGAUCAGCCGCAUCGAGUUUGUGCAUAGCAAGAGCGUUCUGCACCGCGACAUCAAACCGGACAAUUUUCUCAUGGGCACCGGAAAGAAGGGCCACCACGUGUACAUCAUCGACUUUGGGCUGGCGAAGAAGUAUCGUGACCCCCGCACGCACGCCCACAUCCCGUACAAGGAGGGCAAGAGCCUGACCGGCACGGCCCGCUACUGUAGUAUCAACACGCACAUGGGCGUGGAGCAGGGCCGCCGUGACGACAUGGAGGGCAUCGGCUACAUCCUCAUGUACUUCCUUCGUGGGUCGCUGCCAUGGCAGGGCUUGAAGGCCCACACGAAGCAGGAGAAGUACAACCGCAUUUCCGAGCGAAAGCAGACGACGCCGGUGGAGCUGCUGUGCAAGGGCUUCCCCAGCGAGUUUGCUGCCUACAUGAACUACGUGCGUGCGCUGCGCUUCGAGGACAAGCCCGACUACUCGUACCUGAAGCGCAUGUUCCGCGACCUCUUUGUGCGCGAGGGCUACCAUGUCGACUACGUCUUCGACUGGACGCUGAAGCGCAUUCACGAGAGUCUGCAGGAGCAGCAGUCGUUCCCUGGCGGCAGCAACGGUGGCGGCGCUGCGGGCAAUGGCUCCCCGGUGAACCAAAGCCCGGCACAGGGCGGCAACGUUGGUGCCCCGAACAGCGCUAACAAUAACCAGGAAUCGGGUGUGCCAGAGCAGCAGUAG